CGCGCGUCUGCGGCUUGCACUGAAUGUCAACUGAGUCUCCAAUUCCUGGCAGAACCAAUAGGAGGGAAGCGCAGACUACAUUUUCGACUCUCGCAACAAAUUAAAAAAAUAAUCCUCGACUUCACAUGCCAACAGAGAUAUAUUCCACUCCUACACUAUCAUCUUUCUCUGGCGAACAGACUCGUGCCGUCAAUAUGAGUGUCACUGAAGUGGAGACAGUUGAAGUUGGCGACACGCCAAAGAGUCGUAAAAGAGAUAUAGAGGCCGCCGAGAUCGAGAUCGACGUUGAUGCACCAGAGCCUCCAUCCAAGAAAGCAUUGCGGAAAGCAAAGCGAGCCAAAACAUCUACCAAAAAUGAUGCUGAACCCGAGUCUGACACGGCAAAGAAAUCUGCAAAGCCUCCGGCCGCCGCUCACGAGAGUAACAAGCGAUCUGAUUAUGGCAUCUGGAUCGGAAAUCUAGCGUUCAGUACUACCAAAGAGGAUCUCCUAAAGUUCUUCACCGAGAAUUCAAAAAAUGUUAUCCGCAACGAUCAGAUAACAAGGAUUCAUCUACCGCAAGGACAACCGAAGUUUGGGAAACCCACGAACAAAGGAUUUGCCUAUAUCGACUUUUCAGAUGAAGCCACUUUGCAAACUGCCCUUGAAUUCAGUGAAGGUCUCCUUGGUGGACGUCGUGUUCUGAUCAAGAAUGCAAAGGACUUCGAAGGCAGACCAGAAAGCAAGAAGGCGGACGCUGGAGAAGCUCGGCCCCCCAGCAAGCGCAUAUUUGUGGGUAAUUUGGACUUCGACACCACGGUAGAAGACCUUGAAGAGCACUUUGGUGCUUGUGGACCGAUUGUGCAUACUCACAUGGCGACAUUCGAAGAUACCGGGAAAUGCAAGGGAUUUGCUUGGAUUGAUUUCGAACAGUUGUCAUCCGCUGAGUUCGCAAUGCGAGGCUGGGUCGAACCUAGGGCUGGUCGAGAAGGAGUAUCUAGCAGCAAAAGAUCCGUGCAGAGGAUCUGGCUCAACAAGCUGAAGGGCAGAAAGCUAAGAAUGGAAUUUGCUGAAGACAAAGCAACCCGAUAUCAAAAGAGAUUCGGAAAGAAUGCCAAAUCUGCAAAGCCGGCGGACGAAGACGGGGCUGAACAAGAAGAGCCAAUUGAAGAAGUGAGCGACAAUACAGCGGCGGUACAAUCUCACCGGGCGCCUGAGAAGGCGAAGAAGAGGCGGUCUGGAGGGAGAUAUGGCGAGGAAACAGUGCAGAAGCUGACAGGAGCUAUCGUUGAGAGUAAAGGUCAACGAACGGUGUUUGAAGAAUGAGAUGAAGAAGGCCUGUGAGGAUCCUAGACUCGGAUGAUCUUUGCCUGGGUAUGGUUGUAUGGAAGACAUGCAGUACUGGAGAACCAACAAGCUCACUUGUUUCUACCUAUAUUUAUGACCAGCUUCAGUGAGCUGCUAAGGCGGACAGUCCAGAUCUGCCCGUGUAUUUGUCCAAACAUAUUUGGUUAUUCACAACUUGAAGGUACAAGCUGACCUACUAGGAGGGCGCAGGUGCAGCAGUAUACAGAAACCACAGUGAUACUAGGACUGUGAAGACAACGUCAGAGCUUAGUAAUCCCCGG